GGCGGUGCGGGGUAAGACCCCGGCCACUAGCUCCUCUAAUCCUGAGGAGGUGACAAAAGAAGGGCCCGUGGCGCUUCUGGAUCCCGAUUCCGGGGAGCCCGAUGUCCCGCCGCCUCGGCCAGAUGGCGGGGAAACUAGGAGUCCACAGGAGCAGCAGCCGCGCCCCCCUACCACAGCUCCUUCUGGAGGCCCAUUGAAGGCUCCCCCAUACCAAGAGCCGCCAUGGGGCGGCCCGGUCAUGGCCCCUUACAGUCUAGAGACCUUGAAGGGCGGCACCAUUAUUGGCACCCGUAGCUUGACAGGGACGAGCCGCUGCCUGUUUGGGAGGCUGGCUAGCUGCGAUGUGUGCCUGGAGCACCCUUCGGUGUCUCGGUACCACGCCGUCCUGCAGCACAGGGCAUCCGACCCCGACAAGGAAAGCGACGGCCACGGACCCGGCUUCUAUCUCUACGAUCUGGGAAGCACCCAUGGCACUUUUCUCAACAAAACUCGCAUCCCCCCACGCACCUAUUGCCGGGUACAUGUAGGUCAUGUUCUUCGCUUUGGAGGCAGCACCAGGCUCUUUCUUUUGCAGGGACCAGAAGAAGACCGAGAGGCAGAAUCCGAGUUAACAGUAACGCAGCUGAAGGAACUGCGCAAGCAGCAACAAAUGUUGUUAGAGAAGAAGAUGCUAGGAGAAGACUCAGAUGAAGAAGAGGAAAUGGAUACCACCGAAAGGAAGAGAAAUACUAGUAGCCAAGAUGAUGAGAUGGGUUGCACCUGGGGAAUGGGAGAAGAUGCUGUGGAGGAUGAGGCUGAAGAGAACCCCAUUGUCUUAGAGUUUUUGGAAAGAGAGGCCUUUUAUAUAAAGGACCCAAAAAAGGCUCUCCAAGGUUUUUUUGACCGAGAAGGAGAAGAACUAGAAUAUGAAUUUGAUGAACAGGGGCAUAGCACUUGGCUCUGCAGGGUGAGAUUACCUGUGGAUGAUUCAACUGGAAAACAACUUGUGGCUGAGGCCAUUCACUCUGGAAAGAAAAAAGAAGCAAUGAUCCAGUGCUCCCUGGAAGCUUGUAGGAUCCUUGAUACUCUGGGAUUGCUGCGGCAGGAAGCAGUAUCUCGGAAAAGGAAAGCCAAGAACUGGGAAGAUGAAGACUUUUAUGACAGUGAUGAUGAUACGUUCCUUGAUCGGACUGGCCUGGUUGAGAAGAAGCGACUGAACCGAAUGAAGAAGGCUGGGAAGAUUGAUGAGAAGCCAGAGACCUUUGAAUCACUGGUUGCAAAACUAAAUGAUGCUGAAAGAGAACUUUCUGAGAUUUCUGAGAGGCUGAAAACAUCGAGCAGAGCUCUGUCAGAGUCUCCAUCUCAGGAUUCUUUAGAUGCAUUCAUGUCAGAAAUGAAAUCAGGGAGUGCGUUAGAUGGUGUGUCCCGAAAGAAACUUCACCUGAGGACUUUCGAACUGAGGAAAGAACAACAGAGACUUAAAGGGUUAAUAAAAAUUGUAAAGCCAGCAGAGAUUCCAGAACUUAAAAAGACUGAAAAUCAGACUACAGGCACAGAAAACAAAGCUAAAAAGCUUACAUUGCCUCUCUUUGGUGCCAUGAAAGGAGGAAGCAAAUUCAAAUUAAAAACUGGAACAGUAGGGAAGUUACCUCCCAAGCGUCCAGAUCUCCCUCCAGCUCUAAUGACAAUGAAGGAUGAACCUGAAGUAGAAGAGGAGGAAGAAGAAGAAGAAGAGGAAGAAGAAAAAGAGAAGGAGGAGCAUGAAAAGAAAAAAAUGGAGGAUGGAAGCAGUAAGCUACAGCAGGAGGUAGAACCCGAGGCAGCAGUACAGGAAGCAAGUCCACCCACAGAUCUCAAGUGUUCUGAAGCAACAUGGAACCAUGAAAACGUGUCUCAACCCAGCAGGACAGGACGGAAUAAAGACUCCCAGGAGAUGAGCCAAAUGCCGUCAUCACGGGAGGAGCCCUCAGUAUCGAAGACUGAAUAUGAAAAAAGCAGAGAUGAAUUGAAGAAAAAAAAAACUUCAGGUCCAAGUAAACCUUCGCUGGCACUUUCUUCCAAAUAUCCUGAAGAUGACCCAGACUACUGUGUGUGGGUCCCACCUGAAGGCCAAAGUGGAGAUGGCAGGACUCAUCUCAAUGACAAGUACGGCUAUUGAUCGCUUCAGAAUGUGACAUAGAUAAUGAAUCAAGUUGAACGCCUGGAGGGGUUCAAGUGAUCACUUGUCAAAUGUGACUGGCCUUUUCUUCUGUGCUCUUGGCGUCCUAAAUUUACCUGCCCAUCUGGUUGUUCUGGAUUUGGUAUUUAUGUUUAAGUGUUUGUGUCUGUAUGUAAAAAGGGAACCAUAUAUUUUGAGAAUUAAUAAAAGACAUGACCGUACAAAAUAA